UAAGAACUUUUAUCGUGUGAAGAAAAAUAUCUUAUUCAAGUUGUCAUCUUUAAUGAUCGUUUAUGGUGGUUCGUUUAAUCAAGUCGAAGUAAUUAACCCUGCCCAAUGCCAUGGCUUCUGUUGAUCUGCAAGAAAAGGCAAAUUUUACAAGACUCAGUAGACUUUUGGUUGACAAAGGAACUGAGGCUUUGAGAAAUACAUUUGAUACCAUCCAUCCACCUGCCAGUCUACCUGGAGUACUAACUGCAAACAAAACAUCUCUUCAAAAGUUAAAACCUCGAAAUAUUAAUAAUUCCCAAUGGGAUUUACUGUUUCCUCCGUCUGGCAACCCGCCAGAUUCCAAAACCUUUGAUGUCACAUUACUUACAGUUCUAUUCCGGAACAUUUGUGGUUUUCCAUCAACAGGAUGGAGUGUAAUGCCUCCGGAUACUGAUAGGUCAACGCAAGCGAAUGUCACAAGAAUCAAGUGUUACAGAAAUGAAGUCUACGCACAUGUAAUUACAACUCGAGUUGACAAUUCAAAAUUUGAGUCUUUAUGGAAGAAAAUCUCCCAGGCGAUAGUAAAAUUGGACGUUUCACAGAGUGAUGUCGACGACUUAAAAAAAUGUCCUCUUGGGCCUGAAGAAGUAGUGUAUGUGCAAAAGCUUAAAGAUUGGGAACUGCACGAAGAUGAGUGUAUUAAAUUGCUUAAAGCAAUUGAAGCUGGUGUGAAUAAUGUAACACAAGUCGCUGAAGAGACGCGCGAUGCAGUAAAUGAAACGCACGAUGCAGUAAAUGAAACGCGCGAUGCAGUAAAUGAAACGCACGAUGCAGUAAAUGAAACGCGCGAUGCAGUAAAUGAAACGCGCGAUGCAGUAAAUGAAACGCACGAUGCAGUAAAUGAAACGUGCGAUGUAGUAAAUGAAACGCGCGAUGCAGUAUAUGAAAUUCGCCAGUCAUUGGCCAAGCGUACGCUAUCAAUACCCGGGGACACAUAUCCUCAACAAAAAUCCCGCGCGGAAAGUGAUGAAGAUUUAUUGCGAAAACUUGCUAAGCAUAAUUUUAAGGGUAAAAUUAAAAAAAAAGUGAAUUUUUUCCUUCCUGGAACAAGAGAGUGGUUGUUAGAGAAAGUUAACGAGUGGUUUCAAAAGUGUGACAGCGAUUCGAGAAUAAAGUUAAUAACAGCUGGACCAGGAUUUGGUAAAAGCGUUUUUGCCGCUAAAAUCUGUGAAGAUUUUAAGAAGAAUGGAACACUGGCUGCUUGUCACUUUUGUGAUUUCAGUGAUUCAAACUUAAGAGAUCCUAUGAUGAUGCUGCAGUCUCUCGCAAGUCAGAUGUGUGAGAAUGUCCCUGGUUUUAAAGAGAUGCUUCUUGAUCAGUUAAAGCGACCUUAUCAAGUCCAAAACCUCAAAGAUGCCUUCCAAAUAUAUUUGCAAAAUCCCUUAGAUGAAUUGGAAAUAAAAGAGCCACGUUUAAUCGUGAUCGAUGGCUUGGAUGAAAGUGCAGCAGAUAAUAAGAAUGAAAUUACGCAUUUGAUUGCUGAAUAUUUUCCUGAUCUUCCCGAGUACAUCAAAAUCUUGGUGACGAGCAGGCCAGAGAUUUCCGUUGCUGAUCUAAGACUAAGAGAUGAUCAAAAGACAGACAUUUCCAAUGUUCAUGACAACAAUAACUGGGAUCUGGAACUUUAUUUUAAAGAAUGUUUUCCAAGUUUAGUCGGCAGGGAAGUGGAUGGAAGUGAGAUCAGCGAUGAUUUCUAUAAGGAUCAUCCAUAUCUAUCAUCUCAUUACCGCUUUUGGCAAAUUAAAACUGUUAGUUUACUUUCCAUUUUUGUUGCCAAAUGCCAGGGCUCAUUUCUCUAUGCAUAUCACUUUCAAUCUGGGCUAAGGGCUCGCUAUGAUCUUGAGAAGAUAACAAAUAAUGACGUCAUGGAGUUUCUCCCAGAAGGUCUCCAUUCUGUUUACGAACGAUAUUUUAAACGCCUUGAAGACGAGCUUAACGAUAUAAAACACGAAAAGUUCGAUGUCUUGAAUAUUUUGGCAAUGCUGGUUGCUUCCGAAGAAGAUCUUCCCCUCACUUUCGUCGCUCAGGCUUUUGGUUUAGCUCCAGAUUGUCGCGAAACGAAAGACAUCAUCAGCAAAAUUAAUGAAACCGUAUCAUGUUUGUUGUACGUUUCAGAUGACAUGUUAACCGUUUUUCACAAAUCCGUUAUUGAUUGGCUUCUAGCAAAGGGCUACAAAGAUCACCAGUAUACUGUCAAGGUCGAUGAUGGACAUAAAUUGCUUUGGAUUUUAUGCGAAAAGGUUUUUAAAGAAAUUAAAGAUGAAGGUGUUCGCUCAGGACUUGAGGUGAACUUUACUAAUGACGUAAAAUAUGCUCUGAAACAUGGUUUAAAACAUCUAGAAAAAUGUGAAAUGGAAGAAGGUGUCUUCUGGUCAGUUGAUUUUAUUACCGUCUGUUAUAUGUUAACUGUAAUCGAUUCUGGCUUUUUCAGCAUGGGUCUCGAAAGAAACGAACCUGUGAAAGUUCUUGAUGUCAGAGAUGUUGAUGGUCCUGUAAUGGUCAAUUUGCCUGGAAUUGAGUCUGAGAUGAAAGUGGAAAUUUCGCCUGGUGGUGCCUUUAUCUCUGGUUGUAAUGAGAAUAAAUGUUAUAUUUGGAAAAGAAAUACCGAAAAACCAACUUCAUAUGAAGUCUUUUAUUACUAUGAAGUAAGCGAUGAAUUCCAAUCAGUCGCAAUGUUUAUUAUGGUAGUUACAGUCAUGUUGGUAGUGAUAGUUCUCAUCUAUGAUGGUGGUGAUGGUGCUGGUCUCUACGAUGGUCACGAAAAAGAAGGUCACGAAACAACAUAA